AUGUAUUCCCACAUAGUCACUUCCCUGCCCACCGAUAUUGCAGAACAGGUGUUCGAAUUCAUUAUCACCAUGCCUGAGACUGACCCAUACACUCAGUUGAAGGAGGCGUUAAUCACCCGCACAGCUGUGUCGGAUGAACGUCAAUUNCGCCAGCUUUGGUUGAAGCGUCUCCCUCCACGCAUCCGAGACGUUUUAUCCGUGCUCUCCAACAGUUCGUUGGAUGAAAUGGCACUGGCCGCGGAUAAAAUGUUCGAAGCAAACUCAGCUUUGCAUCACAUUGCCGCAUGCUCCAACCCAACCCCGACCGCCCCUCGCUGUGAUGAUAUUAUUUCACGAAUGGGAAACCUUGAACUGCAGAUGCAGCAAUUG